UAUAAAUGGGAGGUUAAUUAUACACCAGAAGAAUGGCCAAUUAAACUGUUAAUUGUGUUUUCAUUUCCUUUUUAAAUGAGCACCAGCAAAGCACGUGACAAGCAGUGUCCUCUCAUAUGACUGUUUGGUGACAUAUUUUUUUAGUGGGGGGAGGGGGGUAUCUGAGAACGAAUUUAAACAUAAAAAUAAAUAAAUGUAUAAAUAAAUAAAUAAAAAGGUUUAUCUUGUGUGUGUCUGCUUUAACCCGGUUUAAUAUGCGAGUCAUAUAAGUCACAUAAAAAUGACUGGGCGCGCUAAAGGGGGGAGGAUUGAUGAGGAGGGUUUGGUUAAUUAAAAGUUUAAUUGUAAUUGGAGGGCUGUUUGAUGUAUGGCUGGUGAACAAUAGUGUCCUCUAGAGGUGAGUGCAGUCGUGGUGUAGUUGUUUCUUUCACCCCCCCAUUCUUCACCCCCCCCUCUCCCGCACAGUUGUGCGCCAUGAGCCCGGCGUCCUCUCACUGAUGUCUGCUGCGCUUUGUACAUACAGCGGCGUUACGCACACGUGGGUCUCCACGCAUGCACUUUGUGUCUCUGCCGGGCUCCUCUGCGCAGGUCAGUGCAUCUACAAAGAUUUGGGUUAACUUGCUGCAAGGUGUUGGUGUAAGAUUACACUGAGAUCAGCCGUUUCAUCGCUGCGGAACAAUAAGGCCAGCAGAACAUUUUGGCGACUGCGUCAACUUGAGCGUUUUUCUGCGUCACUCCAUUCUGCCCGCUCCUAUCGCGCUUCCCUCCCCGGGGACUAAAUUGGGUCCCCCAUGACAACUGGCUUCAGGCCCACUAAUUAUCCUCCCUUCCUUCUCCUGCGAAGCUCACCGGCGCUAUGAAUAGGCAGCCCACCUCGAGGACCCCACCCCAACUGAAAUCUAAAUUUGGACAAUUGAAAUACAGAAAUCCUGUCAGAAGAUAACAAAGAAUAAUAUUGACCCCCCCGCUUCAUUAGGCCCGUUUCACAGAGCUCCCUGUGACAUAACUGUGCCUUGAUCCAUCUUUUUAUUUUUCACUAACUCAAAUACAGGGAAACAGAUGUUAAUUAUCUGGGAGAUUUUGAUGUCAUUUUGUUAAUUUUUCUCAAAUUCUGAAAUUUCAUCAGACUUUUCCCCUAACUUAAAUGCAAUACAAUCAACACACAAACAUAGUUGGUCCAAAAUAAUCAGAGCGCGCGCUCAGGUGUAUGUGAGGUGACUUUAGGUGGCUUCUCCCACUUCUGCAUCUCUGCUCAUUUCCAUGUGGGAAGCAGCAUAGAUGGCAUACCACAGGACCGACAUACUCACCGGGAAAAAUAAAAAAAAUUGGGGCUUAAGAAAAGCACCCCAGCGGAUUGGUCGAUGUCUGUGUCGACGCAGAUGACGUCGCGCAGCCAAACACGUGGGCCACGGCUUCCAGAGCUCACAUAAACAAAGCCACAUUGGCAGCCUGGAUAGUUUGACGCUCGCGUUGCUGUCAGUGAGAGGAGACGUUCGCCUGCCCGCCUGGCGCUGCUGCUGCUGCUGCACCGGUGCUCAUGAUUGGGAGCUUUUACUAAAAUUGAUGAAUUCCACCUUCAUGCUUAUCGGAUGGACCGACUGCACUGAUCCUGAUGUGAAAGAGUGUGUGUUUUUAUUAGAGGAAGAUCCAGAUUAGAGACGAUCUCUUCAGUCCCGGCACCCACACAACUCCUGGCAUAAUCCAUUUCAAGUGUCCCUGGAAAACUUUCAGAAGACUUGAGCCAUGCCCUGCGUUCAGGCUCAGUAUGGAUCAUCACCUCAAGGAGCCAGUCCUGCUUCCCAGAGCUACAGCUACCACACCGCAGGAGAGUACAGCUGCGACUUCCUAACACCCGAGUUUGUAAAGUUUAGCAUGGACUUGACCAACACCGAGAUCACAGCCACCACUUCUCUGCCGAGUUUCAGCACAUUCAUGGACAACUAUAACACCGGUUACGACGUGAAACCGCCCUGUCUGUAUCAGAUGCCCCACUCUGGAGAGCAAUCCUCCAUCAAGGUGGAGGACGUCCAGAUGCACAGCUACCAUCAGCAGAGCCACCUGCCGCCUCAGUCGGAGGAAAUGCUCGCUCACGCUGGGCCCAUGUACUUCAAGCCCUCCUCGCCUCACGCCCCGAGUACACCCAACUUCCAAGUUCAGCCUAAUCACAUGUGGGAGGACCCUGGCUCCCUCCACAGUUUCCACCAGAACUAUGUUGCGGCCACUUCUCACAUGAUAGAGCAGCGCAAGACUCCGGUGUCGAGACUUUCGCUGUUCUCCUUCAAGCAGUCCCCGCCUGGCACGCCUGUCUCCAGCUGCCAAAUGCGCUUUGACGGGCCGCUGCACGUCUCCAUGACGCACGACAACCCGGGUGCGCACCGUGGCCUGGAUGGUCAGAGCUUUGCCGUGCCCAGCGCCAUAAGGAAACAGGCCGGUCUGGCUUUCCCCCACUCCCUGCAGCUCAGCCACGGGCACCAGCUGGUGGACAGCCAAGUGCCGUCGCCCCCGUCCCGAGGAUCUCCGUCAAACGAGGGUCUGUGUGCGGUCUGUGGAGACAACGCAGCCUGCCAGCAUUAUGGAGUGAGAACCUGCGAGGGCUGCAAAGGAUUUUUCAAGCGCACGGUUCAGAAAAAUGCCAAAUACGUGUGUUUAGCGAAUAAAAACUGUCCUGUUGACAAACGCCGAAGAAAUCGUUGUCAGUUCUGCCGUUUCCAGAAGUGCCUUGUGGUCGGCAUGGUAAGAGAAGUUGUCCGAACGGAUAAUUUAAAAGGACGACGAGGGCGCCUGCCAUCCAAACCCAAAAGUCCUCAGGAGCCCUCCCCACCUUCGCCGCCGGUGAGCCUCAUAAGCGCACUUGUUAGGGCCCAUGUGGACUCCAAUCCCUCCAUGUCUGCGCUGGAUUAUUCAAGAUUCCAGGCAAACCCUGACUACCAAAUGACUGGAGACAACACUCAGCACAUCCAGCAGUUCUACGACCUCCUGACGGGCUCCAUGGAGAUCAUCCGGGGCUGGGCGGAGAAGAUUCCCGGUUUCUCUGAUCUACCGAAGCAAGAUCAAGAUCUCCUCUUUGAAUCCGCCUUCCUGGAGCUGUUCGUCCUGCGGCUGGCAUACAGGUCGAAUCCAGUGGAAGGGAAACUUAUUUUUUGCAAUGGAGUGGUGUUACACAGACUGCAGUGCGUCCGCGGGUUUGGAGAGUGGGUGGACGCAAUCGUGGAGUUUUCUUCUAACUUGCAGAGCUUGAAUAUAGACAUCUCAGCGUUCUCCUGCAUCGCAGCUCUAGCGAUGGUAACAGAACGGCACGGGCUUAAGGAACCUAAGAGAGUGGAGGACCUCCAAAACAAGAUAGUGAACUGCCUCAAAGAUCAAGUAACGUUUAAUAGCGGUGGCUUGAAUCGCCCCAACUACCUGUCAAAACUCCUGGGGAAGCUCCCCGAACUGCGCACGCUCUGCACCCAAGGUCUGCAGCGUAUCUUUUACCUAAAGCUGGAAGACCUAGUCCCCCCGCCAGCAAUAAUUGACAAACUUUUCCUCGACACCCUACCUUUCUGAGUUUUACGCACUGGCCAAACCUCAAAGAACUUCCAAAAAGACUGAGACAGACUUAUCAGAUUACUGUUUCUAAUUUUUUUAUCCUGUUUUUUUUUUAUUUUAUUUUGCAAGCUAUUAGAACAACUUUAAUGAUUUAGGCAACAACAAAAGUAACAGAAGAGACUGAGUUUAAACGCUUUAGGCCUUUUUAUUUAUUUUUUGGUUCUAUUUUUAUUUAGAUGAACUUAUCUCUUUCAUGUUUAUUGAACGUCGGCUCUGCUGAAUCACUCGGUUGUAAUAUAUGCCAUUUAUAUAAACAGUAUAUAUAAAAGUACACGCACACAAACCCUGUAUAUUAUAGAAAAUGGGCGCAUCGGUUUAUAAUCUGUGUACAAAGUUUGUUAUAAUGAAAAGCUUUUUUUUUUUUUUUUUUUUUGGACUCGUGCCUAUGUGUUUCUGACAGGAUCCCAAAAAUCCAGAUAAGACAACGCAUGUUCCACUUUCUGAUUUUUCUUUUUUUCUUCUUUUAUAGGCACUUGCUGAGGUGAUGUCUAUAUAUAAUAUAUACCGGACACUAUGUAGUCUGCUAGAUUUGAUACAGAUUCGUAGUUAUGGCACUCCUUUUCUGUAUGAUGCAUAUGUGAAAAAAAUAUUUCAUCUGUAUAGAAAAUGAGGGACCCAUGGUGUUUGUAAAACUGUCACAGACAUUCCUUGUUUGUAUGUGCUGUAAGUAUUGUUGCUGUUGAAUAUAAACGUUUCUAUAUAUUUAUUAUUUCUAUUGCCAAAAGCUACACUAAGCAUGGUGCAAUUUAAACGAUUCCAUCCAAGUUCAUGCUGAGCACGUUGUCUAUGUUUUUAUGUCUUAUAAACGUCUAGCUAGUUAUGAUUUAAUACCUUUGGAAGUGGCAACAAAAUAAUAAUAAUAUUUCAUCUUUAUGAAGAGCUUCAUGAGUGUAUGAUACAGCAGGCCCACACCGUGUCAUUUGUGUAACGCAUUCGGUGCCCGAUUCGAAAACUUUAGAGAUAAAGAAAUAUUUAAUGUUUACAAAUAAAACGUUUAACUUUCAA